UCUCUAAAAAGAAUCCUAAAAAUUAUUCUAACGUGUUAGUCUAAUAUUUAUUUCAAUUUUAUCUUUGACUGCAUAUUAAGCUAUUAGUUAACUAUUAGUUAACAUUAAUUAUGUUUCUCGAAAUAAAUGUCUUCUCUUUUUUUCUGUUUUUUGGAAUCCUGUUAUCGAAAUAGUUAAAUCAUAUAAUUUGAUAUCAGUAUUUAAUAAAAAUUCACGAAGUUAUAAAUUUUUUUGAACUAAUACUUUAUUCUAUUCGACAUCGAUUGCUCGAACAUGAUUGAUGACGGCUGCCAAAGAAUUCUCUUCACGUCUUUUCACGUCAAGUUCUCAAUGCUUACACUUGUACGCAUCGUUGUUAGAUCAGUCUUCACGCUUCUGUUGCACCGAUAGGUGUAAUACUUCAAUGUCCAAACUACGUUCAAAGUACACUCGAAAUUAAUCAGAAUCGCAGAUAAGACAUAUGUGUCUCGAUUAGUGUAUCAAUAUACGAAAAGAACUCGAGUAAUAUUGAUCAACUUGAAUUUUAAAGAGAAAGACUUAAGAUCUGUGCGAUUUUAUACAAGAAUAAUAUGUGUAGAGAUAACAUUUUUAGCUGUAUUGCAUAAAUGUUUUUCUGUGUGUGAAAUAAGAUUUUUUUCUUUUUUUUUAUCAUCUUCAGCAAAACCGUCUCAAAUAAAUAAAUUGAGGAGAAACACUAAUUCUAACGAUAAGAUAAUCGUGAAAUUUAUUAAGGGAUUAUUUAAAAAUCAAUCAUUCUCAAAUCAUUUCGAUGUCAGAUGUAUCACUAAACGAUAUUAUAUAUAUUAUACAUAUAAUUAUUGCACAUAUAUAUUUGUUACCUUUAUUAUAUGUUAAAGCUUCGCUUUAAUUAACACGACAAGAACUGCGGGAUUAUUGCAACAACGUCGACAGGGCCUCAAUCAACUUUUUGAAAAACUACGGACGACAUAGUGCUCUAUUAAACUCGAUGCAUAAUGUUAGCGUUUACGCGUUUCGUCGCAUUGAUAUGCACUCUAGAAUUUUUGCUAAGUGGGGUGAAUAACGCGGAGCUUGCAAAUAAGGAAUGGUGGGAAAAUACUUUGGUUUAUCAGAUCUGGCCCAGAGGAUUUCAGGAUAGCGACGGCGAUGGCGAGGGAGAUCUAAAAGGUAUUAUUAAUCGGCUUGAUUAUAUCAAGAACCUCGGUAUCGAGACAAUUUGCUUAAAUCCUAUUUAUUCUUCACCAUUGAUCGAUGCGGGAUACGAUGUCUCCAACUUUAUGGAGGUACAUCCUCUCUUCGGGAAUUUGGAUGAUUUCGAUAAUUUGGUACAAGAAAUACAUAAUCGAGGAUUAAGAAUCAUUUUGGACAUUGUUCCGAAUCAUUCUAGCGAUGAGCAUGAAUGGUUUCAAUUAUCGACACAAAAUGUCAAACCAUAUACUAAUUAUUAUAUUUGGGCUAACGGUAGCAUUGAUGAUGACGGCAAGAAAAUUCCACCAAAUAACUGGGUGAGCACGUAUAGCGAUGAAGAAGGAUCUGCAUGGACAUGGCACGAAAGGAAACAGCAAUGGUACUAUCAUAAAUAUCAUACUUCUCAGCCAGAUCUUAAUUUGAGAAACGAGGAAGUGAUCAAGGAAAUAAUGGACAUUCUAGACUUUUGGCUGGAUAGGGAUGUGGACGGCUUUCGAAUUAAUGCAGUGCCGUAUUUUGUCGAGGACGAAGCUUUGCGAAACGAACCUGUUGGUGGCUUUUAUACUUUUGGCCUUUCCGAAAGUACUGCUCUUCUUUACUUAUUUCGUAGACACGUCGAUGAAUGGGUAUCGAGGAAUAAUGUCACAUCAAAGUUGUUAAUCGCUGAAUCGUAUGAUGCUGACGAUAAUUUAAUUGAUUAUUACGGCAAUGGCACGCAUAAUGGAAUUCCACCAAUCAAUUUUAAAUUUAUCACACAUAUCCAUAAUAGUAGUAGCGCUGAUUAUAUCAAAUAUAUUUUGGAGGAAUGGAUCAAGCUUCUGCCAGAAAACGCCGGCACUAACUGGGUGCUUUCAAAUCAUGACAAUUCAAGAGCAGCUUCGAGAAUCGGGCUCAAUCGAGUCGACGGUCUUCAUAUGCUUAGUCUUCUGUUGCCUGGACAAGCACACACGUAUUACGGCGACGAAUUAGGCAUGUUAGACACAAAAGUAUUAUGGAACAGAACACUCGAUCCCAUGGGUUGUGCCAAAGGCAUAGAAAAGUACGAAUACUUCUCGAGAGAUCCAGCGAGGACCCCCAUGCAAUGGAAUUCCGAGAUUUCGGCUGGUUUUUCAACAAAUGAGACUACAUAUCUCCCUAUUCAUUCUAAUUACAUUAACAGAAACGUGCAGGCUCAAUUAAACAGAAAGAGAAGCAAUUUGAAGACAUACAAGGAGCUGGCCGCUUUAAGGAAGGGACCAGUUUUUGUGAAUGGAGAUUAUGAAUUUAAGAGUUUAAAUAAUAAUCGUGUGUUGGUGUUAAAGAGGUUCUUAAAAAAUCAUCCGUUAGCAUACAUUAUCGUAAUCAAUCUGGGUCUACGCCAAGAGCAAGUUAAUCUAUCUUUGAUAUACCCUUAUUUGAAGGAUACCUUGGAAAUCGUUGUGGCUUCUAGCAAUGCACUUUACGUCAAGGGUGUCGUUCAACAGAAUAAUUUUAUAUUAACAGCAAAUGCCGCACUUGUAUUGAGAAGUCAAGAAGAGACAGGACACACCCCAAUUGACCCAACAGUCACAAGUGCGUGUUCUUCAAUUAUCUGCCAUCAUAAAUUUAUCAUAAGCAUUUUUUUAUUAUUGUCGGUAGAAUCAAUAAUUUAUUACAAAUACUAUAAUACUAUUUCAGCGGAAACAGAUGGUGAAGUUACCAACAAUUCUACUAAGGCUACAACUCUUUCCACAAGUGAGACAACGAGUUCUCCUGGCAACAAAACCUCUUCUGAAACCACGGAGAAGACCACAGAAUCAACGAAAACGAGUACGACGAAGGAUCCUAAUAGUGCAGCAAAUCUUACACCUGCAGUCCAAUUAGUAAUAAGUCUUAUUAUAGCUGUGAUAGCAUCGUACAGAAUUUAGAAAUAACAUAGAGAACAUAAGGAUUUGUAUAAUAAAAAGAAAUAAAAUGGC